AUGCGAGUUGUAAACCGCACUCUUCUCUCCUUGUCUGCUCCAUCUUCUCCUGGCUUUGAACCUCCCAAGAGAGUCCCUGUCCUGCCGAGAAAGCCGGCCCGUGACGCCUUUCAAGAUCCGGGGUUCCGGAGCUCCCUCACCCGGCCCCCCCGCCUCCGGCUCACGCGUCCCGUCCACAAAAAGAACUGGGGGCCCUCUCCUUUCAAGACACCACUGCCAUAUUUUUCUCCCCCGCUCAACCUCCACCACCACACCACGGCUCGUCACGCCCUCCCCGUCCCCUUCUCUCCGUUCGGGCUGGGCAGCAUCGGCUUGUGGAAAAGGGGGGGGUGGAGCAAUUAUAUCGACUGCCUGGGAAUGAGACCCGUGGCCCCCUUUGUGCUGCACAGAGGGCGGGGCACAUUUGGGGGCUGGGUUUGGCCUUUGUCAGCCGGAGUGGUGUGGCUUCAGUUCCCACAAGAACCCCCUUGCAGCCCACCCCAAAAAGCACCCGUGACAGCGAUUAGGUAA